AAAAACUUCAAGAACGUUAUGAUAGCUGUUUUGAAGCUACAAAGAAUAAUGAAAUUGAAAUUUUAAAAAAGAAAGAAAUAUUAGUACUAAAAGAACAGGAGUUAAAAAAGUUAAAGAUACUCCUUGAUACUGCUGAAAAAAUAGAUGAUUUAAAAAAUGAACUUUUGUGGGCAGGCAUCAUUGAAAUAGAAAAACAAAAAAAUGAAAAGAAAACUGCUCUUGAAAAAACAAAAGCUGCAUCAGCAUCCUUGAAGCAGAAACUGGAACAAGAAAAAGCUGAUACUAAAGAAAUUGAUGGAUUGUUGGAAAAAUAUAAAAAAGUUAAUGAAGACUGCCAAGAAGCAAUGAGAAGCAAAAGGGAUGACUUGAGCAACUUAAAAACUGAAUACACAUCUAUACAGAAUAGCAUACGGGAAUUCCAAGGUGAACUAAACCGUAAUCAAAGAGAGCUAAAGCGUAAAUUGCAAGAAAUUGCAAGCUUGGAAAAUAUGAUUGCUGAAAGUAAAGAAAGGAAUGAAAGGGAUGUUGAGACAGAAAGACAAGAACGGUUGGAAAGAAUAUCUAAUUUUGAAAAUGAACUCCAAAAAAUACGUGCACAGUUGCAAGACUCGGAUAAGACAGAAAGUAUUUUAUGCAAUGAAGAAAAUGAUUUGGAAAGGAGAGUUUCUGUUCUGAGAUCUGAAAUAAACGAGUCUAAAUACAAGAUAAGCGAAGCAGAACGACAAUUGCAAAAAAUACGUGCUGGCAUGCAGCAACGCAUUAAUGUUUAUGGUCCAGAAAUGAAGCAAGUGCUGGAAGACAUUGAAACUGCAAAUAGAAGAGGACUUUUCUCUAAAAAACCUGUGGGGCCUAUAGGUUUAUAUGUGACUGUAAAGGAUGAUAGAUGGAGUUUUGCUGUUGAAACUUUCUUAAAAUCUAGAUUGAAUGGUUUUUGCUGUGACAAUAGUUUAGACUCAAAAAAACUUGAUGAAAUUUUCAAAAAAAACUACAGAGGGAAGAGAACACCUCCCAUCAAUAUAUCUAAAUUUCAAGCAUCUCAUGCAAAUGAAGCUAUUAAAGUGCAGUCGUCCUUUCCUACGGUUUUAGAUGUACUAGAGAUAAAAGAUCCUGUGAUUGCUAACUUUUUAAUAGAUCAGUAUAAUGUUGAAACUGUUCUGCUGAUUGAUGAUGCUGAAGCAGCGCGAAGUUUAAUGAUGUACAACCCUCCUAGAGGUUGCACCCGUGCUUUUACAUUGAAUGGUGAUGAACUGCGCCAAGAUCCAUUUCGCCACUACAGUUGUUACAGCACUAAUAUUCUUGGAAUAUUGAAGUCCCUCAGUCAAGCUGAAUUGAAAGGAAGGGAAGAACACUUAAAAAAAGAAAAAUCUGAAAAUUUGAUGAAAGAAAACAUGCUGAGAAACGUUCAGAGAGAUUUAAAUGAGAAGAAAAAAGAAAGAGAGGAGCACAACCGUCAGCGAAUGAAUCUUUUUGCAUUUAAAAGUAAUUAUGAGAGAAAAUUAAAUGAUGAGAAAUGUUAUGAAGAGCCCAAAGAUAUAAGCAAUUUGCAAGGAGAUUUGGACCAACUUAUUAGAGAAAAAGAUAUGUUUGAAGCUGAAAUAGAACGAGUUACUACUGCAAUAUCAAAACAAAAUGAUCAACUGUCGAAAGUUAAUGCUGAAUUUCAAAGUAAGAAGACUAGUUUGAAGAAUGAUCAAGAUGAAUCUUGCUCAGCCUCUGAAAAGGUUGUUACUUUUGAAAAUGCAAAGGAAAGGAAGCGCCAAGCUAUACAGAACCUCGAAAUAAAUUUUAAGAAAUCUGUGGAGGAUGAGAAAGACCUCUCCCUGGAUUUUAAGGCUAUUUGUAAAGCUGCAGAGAAAGCUGUUAGCAAUGCUGAAAAAGUCUGUCCACGCAUUAAAACUAAUCGAAGUGCCGAAAUGCUGCGCACCCUUUUGCAAGAAACAACUAAGGCAUUCAAUCUAGAAAGCAAGCAAGAUAGAGAAUCUGUACAACAAGUAUAUCUUGACAAAUAUGAGAAGCUAAUAAAACUCAAAGCUGAAUAUUCUGCUCUGGAGAAAAAAAUUCAAACUAUGAAAAGUAUGUGUGAAAUUCGAUUGAAGAAGAUGAGAGACAUCUGUAACUAUACUAAGCUGAACCUCACAUUGAGUUUCGUAACAAUGCUGAAAGAAAAUAAAUUCAUUGGAAACCUUGUUAUUUCGUUUGAGAAUAAGACGCUGAAAAUUGAGGCCAAACCUGACAAAAUAGGAGGUAAAAGUGCCAAUAAGCAGCAAACUUCAAAUUUGAGUGGUGGGGAACGAUCUUAUGUCACCAUUGCCUUUCUUCUUGCCUUAUGGGACCGUAUUGAGAUGCCUUUCAGAAUUCUGGAUGAAUACGAUGUAUUUAUGGAUUCAGACAAUCGACAGUUGAGUGUGAAUCUUCUGAUCAAGAAUGCUGAAAAUAAAAAGAACAUGCAAUUCAUCUUCUUGACUCCUCAAGAACUUCCAUUGAUAAGAAAUUGUCCAGAUAUAAAAGUGCAUAAAAUGCUUGCUCCCAAGAGGAAUCAGAACUGAUUUACAUGUGUGAUAUUUUGUAUAUAUUUACUUUAAUAUGAUGUACAUUUUUUCAUGACAACUCUUUUGUACUGUUUUCCCCCCUCCAAGAGAUACAGAGCUGGUAAAAAAAAAUGCAUCACCCUCACAUUUUCACAACAAUGGGAUUAUGUGAGAAGUUUUGGUCGAACGAUUAACGAUGAAGGUAUGUGAAAUUCUGCAAAACUUAUGAAAUAAACAUUUAACAGCAGGAGUCAAAAAAUCGUUUAUGUAGAUCGGGGCUGUUUUCGGGCCAAGGCAAACUGCUGACCCCAUGCUCAUUUUUCCAUUUCUGAACCUGCGUGUGAGUUUAGAGAAAAAAAAUUACUUAACCCAUGUCAAUUUAAGUCUAAUGGCAGGAUAAAGGUUUUUAAAUUGUUACUUACCAGUUUUGUCCUAUGGUACGGAGCAGAAUCAUCCUGGAAAAUGAUGUUUGGAACUGAAGUAAAGUGAUCCCGGAUAGCAGGAAGCAACUUCUCCUCCAAAAUGCCAAUAUACACCUGAGCGUUUACUGUUCCUUGCACAAAGUGAAGCCCACCAACUCCUUGAUCAGAAAUACAUCCCCAAAUCAUCUGGGAUACGGGAUGCUUGACUUUGUGUUGAAUGCAGUCGGGAUGAUAUUCCUCUCUUUUGCGGCGCGAGUGAUGCAAUUUUUUUACCACCACUGUAAGUUCAUGUUUUGUUUUUGUUUCACCUUGUUAACUGGAGUUAUUAUUAUUGUUAUCUCUUUAUGCAAUGUUCGUAAAAGUUUGAUUAUUUUAUACGAGUUCCAAAGAAAGUGACAGAAUCUUCAAUAUGCAGGAGGAAAAAGAAACAAGUCGCACAAUUUUACCAGAACUAUGUAAUUUUGUACUAACUUAUUCUUUGAUGCUCGAAUAUUUCACAUUAAAAUUAUUUUCAC